AUGGGUCCGCCCGCCCUCCGUGCGACGCGCUCGCGCGUCGCCGCCGCGUUCUUUCUCCUCCUCGCGACGCUCGCGUCGCUCGCGACGGGCGCGGCCGCGACCUCGCACUACACAUUCGACGACACGGGCGUCGAUUACCUCCUCGUCGAGCUGAAAAUGCUCUACUUGGAGAAUGACGUCUGGCACGCGGCGAUCAUCACCCAGGAGGGGAACGUGGUGCAAAACAGCAACCUCGAGAUCGUGAACACGAACACGAAAGUCACGAAGGUAUCGUGGUCGCUGAACGUCCCCACGGGGAAGACGUACUACAUCGCGCUCAAGCCGGUUUCGGACACGAGCGGCUCCACGGCUUCGUCAAUCUACAACGGGUGCGCCUCCACCUCCUUCGACUACUCCACGGUCAGCUACCGCGUCAUGGACACGAGCGUCUCCGGGUUCUGGGACACGACGUACGCAUCCAUACCGGACUACCUCGCCCUCACGCUGGGCGGGCAGACGAGCUGCGCCGCGUCGUGCACGUGCUGGGGGACGUACCGAUACGUCGCGUCCUUCACGCACACGCGCGCGGGCGUCGGUAGCGACUACAAAGCCAUCGCGCAGGCGGCGACGUACUACGUCGGACCGGACGAGGCGACGAUCGUGAACCCGUACAUGAUCAUGGCGUCCCAUCGCGUGUACGUGCACGAGACCGCGAGCACGAUGCAGGUCAUCCUGCGGAGGAGCAACGACGGGGACGUGACCGUUGAAAACGGCGUCUACGACCUGUACGACCCCCUCCCGGACGAGGAUACGCAGGCGCGUUCUGUACACUGGUCCCCAUACGACCGCGUCGGCGUGGUGAACGCCGAUCCUUAA